AUGGGGUAUCGCUCCAUUCUGCCGGAGCUGGGAGCUCUCAGCAAGCUGCAGCUGCUACAUCUUCCAUGGACGAGCUCAAAGGCUGCACACCGGACAACCGGUAUUCAGCCCGAAAUAUCAAUAACAGACGCGAUGGCGCAAGCUUUGCAGAAGCACCGCCCGAUCCCGCCGGAGCUGGGAAUACUUGCAGCACUGCAGGAACUCUACGUUUCGAGCAACCAGCUACCAGCACUACAGAACCUCCUCCUUCAGGACAACCAGCUCAGCGGACAGUUCGGCAAGCGGGAAACCCUCUACCUCCACCGAAACAAACUCAGCGGCGAAAUCCCUGCGUCUCUAGGACAGCUCAGCGAACUGUAA